AUGCCCGAGCCGGCCAAGUCCGCGCCCGCCCCGAAGAAGGGCUCCAAGAAGGCGGUGACCAAGGCGCAGAAGAAGGACGGCAAGAAGCGCAAGCGCAGCCGCAAGGAGAGCUACUCGGUCUACGUGUACAAGGUGCUGAAGCAGGUGCACCCCGACACCGGCAUCUCGUCCAAGGCCAUGGGCAUCAUGAACUCCUUCGUCAACGACAUCUUCGAGCGCAUCGCGGGCGAGGCGUCGCGCCUGGCGCAUUACAACAAGCGCUCGACCAUCACGUCGCGGGAGAUCCAGACGGCCGUGCGCCUGCUGCUGCCCGGCGAGCUGGCCAAGCACGCCGUGUCCGAGGGCACCAAGGCCGUCACCAAGUACACCAGCUCCAAGUGAUGUGCUUCCGCCACUAUGAAACCCAAAGGCUCUUUUCAGAGCCACUCACUUUUGCAUCUUGAGAGCUGUAAUAUCAAGAUUUUAAGAAACAUGGUUUUUUUUUUUUUUUUAUAGACAACCCUCUUUAAAAUGUAAGUAUAAUGUGAUGACUUCAUUGUGAGCUUUUAUUAGUGCAGCAAAGAAUUUGAAAUAAUUGUGUGCAGUAGGAGCUAUUGUGCUAUAGCCUGAAAAUGUUGUAGUAUUCUGGUUUUUAUGUUUUAACCAAAACCUUUAUUCUCAAAAUUAUCCAAAAUAAUUUUGUACUUGGGUUCUUUGCUAGGACACAA